GAGAGACCAAUAGAUACAAAUACCAUGAUGGCGCAAUCUGAGCGCGUAGUUGUGUCUUUGGACUACUUAAGUUGACAAAUCUCGGUCGGAUUUUGCGGUACUACCCGUGCUGACAUCACCUUCUCAACAUCCCUUAUCUUGCCUACCCUACCGCGGCAGCUCAAAGUCGAGUCGUACUGGUUUCUUUGAUCAGAGACAAGCUCUGCCGGUGCCAGCCUACAGCAGCUCGAGAGACACAAUGAGUGGAACGUCCUUCCUCCGAAAAAUGUCUCUUCACAAGUUCAGAAAGUCGCUAUCAAGCCCCAAGCUUGACAGUCUCAACCUCACAGAGGCAGAAAAAGACCCAGUCCGGCCAGAUGAACCCCUCACCCCUCCACCAGAAACCCAGACGGUCCUGCUGUUGCAUGCUGCACGGCAACCCUACGAGUUGACAGACGACUACCCAGUCCCACAACUCCAAGACGAGCACGAAGUCUUGGUCCGCACCCAGGCCAUUGGUCUCAACCCCAUCGAUUGGAAGGCUCCUGACUUCAACUUCGCCAUCCCCACCCUCCCCUACAUCUCCGGCCGCGAGCUCGCCGGCACAGUAAUACAAGCCCCCUCCUCCUCCUCCACCCGCCUUCAGGAAAAGGAUCGCGUCCUCGUCAUCUCCACCGACUACCGCGACCUCCGCAAGGCAGCCUACCAAGAAUAUGUCGUCGGACUCGACUACAACACCGUCCGCCUCCCCCUAUCCCUCUCCAUCGAAGAAGGUUCCACCCUCGGCGUCGCCUUUGUCGCUGCAGCCCUCGCCCUGGGUGUCUGCGCCGGUCUUGACUUCUCUCACGUUCUCGACGGACCAGACCUCCACUCCCUCGUCCGCGACCUCCCCGCCGACAGGAUAGCAGAGGACAUCCGCGCCGAGUGCCUAGAUGGCAUCCGCUCCCAUGAGCGCGCCCAAAAGGGGGACUGGCUCGCCGUCUGGGGCGGAUCGUCCACCUCCGCCAACCUCACCAUCCAACUGGCCAAGCUGGCAGGGUUGAAGACCGUUGCCGUGGUGGACAAGGCCAAGCACGGUCUCUGGCUGGCGAACCACAAGGCUAUCAGGACCGACUUGCUGGUCGACAGCCACGACCCGGAAAGAGCGGUAGCGAUCAUCAAGGGGAAUCUGAAGGGCAAGUUGAGGUUCGGGAUCGAUACCCGCGGAAGGGAAUCGGCGACGAGUCUGCUGCAGGCUUUAUCGCCGGAUAAUCUGGGUGGUGGUGAGCAGCCACUCUUAAAAGAGGGUGAGGCGCCUCCGAGCCCGCCGUCGACGCCGCAUGACUCGACGUUGUUGAGUGCGCAUUUGAUUGGGUUGACGGGCUUGCCUAAGCAGACGGCGCCGGAGGGGACGCUUUUCCAUACUGUGCCCAUCAAGUUGUUCCAUGAGGUGCCGGCGGUGGGUGAGGCGUUGGUUAGUUGGUUGGAGAGGUUGCUGAAGGAAGGGUUGGUGCAGCCGCCAGAGAUUAUUGACGUGGAGUCUGGGUUAGGCAGCAUCAACAAGGCGCUGGAUCGGAUGAGGAAGGGUGAAAUCAGUGGUGGCAAGCUGGUUGUGCGGGUGUAAUGUUUUGUUAGUGCGAGACGCGCUUGUCAAGCUGUCGUUUAGCGGUUAAAAAGGGGCAAUGUUUGUUUGUUUGGGUUGUGCACAUUUCUCGGGGCGCUGUUUUCUUCAAAGGGUUUUAUUUGUACAAGUUGGGGAUACAAAGUAAAGUAGGCUAUUAUUUACGGAAAGGAAAAGAAAGAAAAUGUUGG